GGUGAAAAAUAGGCAAUUCUAAAGGCUAAGAGAACUAUGUGUGCGAUUGCCAAAAAAAAAAAAUUCCUUCUUCCAUAUCACAGGGCUAGAGGAAGGAAAACAUGGCCACGGGAGACGAGGCUGGAAGUCAAUUGAGGGACGAAAAUCAGGACGUAGAGGACGACGUAGAUCAAGAAGAGCGAGACCUACGGGAUCGUGGGUCGGCAAAGUCACUAGGAGACAGGGAGAGGAGCAAGGACGCUGUGCCCGGGGAAGAUUCAGGAAAGAGUGGGGGAAGUAAACGGGGGACUCCGGGAACCAAGGAAGUCAGCGACAGGGAAAGUCCGGCACGUCAGCAGCCCGAGGGGGCGGAGCCGAAAAAGGUCAGGCUAACGGAUGCACGGAGAAAGUUAGCCGAAGUAGAGAGACGCAUGGCAGAAUACAGGGCAAAACUAUUGGAAGAGAUCAUGAACGAUGCCGAGAAAAAUGUCGCUGAUGACAGGACGUGGGAAGAAGGGGAACUGGACCUCGGGCAAGGAAGCCAGGAUGGGGAUGCACAACACAGGAAGGAUCGGCCCAGAGACACGAGGAAUACCCCAACAAGGAAAGGGAAAGAAGGAAUAGAAUCCCUUAGGGAGGAUAGGGAUAGACCAGUCAAUCCACCCUUACUGGACAGCGGAGCAAGCCGACCCUCAGCGUCGCCUGUAAGUGCAAAGGGAUGCGAGGGACUCUGGAGCCUGAGGGAAAGGGUGCUAGGAUGGUUUGACCCGGAAGGGGUCGCAAAGCCAAGAGGGAAACUCGAUUUUAGCAAGGAGGGCGCCGGUCCGAGUUCCGCAACAAGACCUGGGAUGAUUGAGGGAGGACUUAGGAAGGUGGUGUCGUCCCUCACGCGUGCUCUAAGCAAAAACCAGGGAUACUUGGCCGACGCCAAGAAAAAGCUGACUUUCGAUGGCGGAAACAUCACCAAGUUCCUAAUCGAUUAUGAAAAUCUAGCAGCCUUACUAAGAUGGACUGAGGAGGAAAAGAUGGAGCACCUAGGCCAGCAUGUGCCACUCAACCUAGGUAGGGACAUAAUGGCAAUCGUCGCAACAAGCGGAUCAUGGAAAGAGGCUAGGGACGUGAUGGUGAGGAAGUAUCUAGCAGACGAAAAGAUGGCCACGGAUGCGGAACUGGCUACAGUGCAGAGGAAGAAUUUCGCAACAUACAGCGACUUCCUAAGGGAGUUUACUCUCGUAGCACUACGAAUCCUCGGAGUGACGGACCGAAUAAUGAGCAAGUACUUCCUAAAACAGUUCACCGAGUUCGACAAAGAUAAGAUUUUGUCCGCCUACCAACAGACAGCAAAGUUCCUGAACACUAGAGACGUAGAUUUCAGCACUAUAACGGACAUUGCAGAGAAGAUGGUGGUGACCGACUCGUUGGGCCUGCUAAAAGACGGAGAGAUCAUAGAUUUGACAGGCAAGACUGGAGACAAAGUGAAGAAAGGAAUCGAAAGCCUGCACAAGCGGGUCCACGGGGUUGACGGCAAGAUAGAGAGAGUAGAGAAUGCCUUACUGGUGAUGCAAACCCAGGUCUCGCAAACGCAAGCAGUAGGACCCCCCCUCCCGCCACAAGAGGCAAUCGUACCGCCAGGGAUAGCCAACCGUGGUAAUAAUCGAAAGGACCCGGCCAAGGAGCAGUGCAAGUACUGCACGAUAGUCGGGCAUUUUGUCCGCAUGUGUCCUAGGCUUUACCACGAUAUCAUCCUUAAACAGUGCUUUAGAACUUUGCGCGGGGAAAUCCUGGGGCCACGGGGAGAGAGGGUAAACGGGAACUCGCUGGGAGGGAUGCGUCGAGCAGUAAUCGUACUUAACAACCUGGACGCAGUUGCGGUUGAGGCCGAACCAGUUAACUUCAUCACCGAGAGUGAUGACCGCGACGGGGUUAAUGUGACCACCAAACAACGGGGUGCUACAAAGAAGGUAAUUCAGGACGCAGUCAUGAAAGACGCGCAGGAAGGGUCGAAUCCGCCAGCAGAUUCGGAUCAGGACAAAGUUUACGGCAAGCCUAGGGAGGAGGCGCCGGUAGACAAAGUAACAUCCGCAAAGAAGAAAUUCAGGUACCAGAUCCCUAUCCUUGCCGAUCCUGAGAUAGACCACACUCUUAGCCAGUUGCUAGGGACCAUGGUAUCGGUUUCCUUCCAGACCAUGUUGCAGGCUAGUCCUAGACUACUAAAGGGCCUAAGUCAGCUGCUAACAAGGCAAAGGGUGGAAGUAGCGGAGGAACCGGAUGUACGCGAAGAAGGCAAGGAAGAGGAGCCACCGCGAGAAGUGGCAAACCUUCAUAGGGCCCCCGGGGAUCUGGAAGAUCUAAAGAAGGCCUUCGCAGACAUCCGGCUAAGUCUGCCAGACCGGGAAGGCGGAGAAGUCAUGAGGACACCGCCUGGCACGAAACUGAGUUUCCAUGCGCUACCGGUAGGGAAACUGAAAGUCCAGAUUGACACCCACCAUACGGAUGCACUGGUAGAUGGCGGGGCAGAAAUCACACUCAUUCGCAAGGACUUCGCAACAAUUGUUGGGUGUCCAAUCAAUCGGGAGGUCACGGGGAGUGUCCGGGGAGCAGGAGAAGUGACGGAGCUCCUUAGGGCAAAAAUGGACUCCUUCGUGGCAGAACCCACCGCGUCUCCUUAUGCCAACAAGUGGUUUGUAUUCCGCAAGCCCAACAAGUCACUUAGGUGGAUUCAGGACCUGCAAAAGUUAAAUGCUGUCACCAUCCGGGAUGCGGGAUCGUUGCCGCAGGCAGAUCUCCUGGCCGAAUCCCAUGCCGGACACAAUAUUUACUCCUUGAUAGAUCUAUACUCAGGAUACGACCAGCUCCAGCUGGACGCACGAGAUAGGCCCUACACGGCUAUGCAUACGCCACUAGGACAGUUACAGAUGCAGGUCACGCCUAUGGGAUUUACUAAUGCGGUAGCAGAGGCACAUAGGAGGAUGCUCGCGGUGGCCGGGGACAUGUUCCCAGACAAAUGUGAGCCGUACAUUGACGACAACCCUGUCAAAGGAGCACGGGAGAAGGAUGAGACCGAAGUCCAGCCGGGGAUAAGAAAGUUUGUUUGGGACCACCUGCAGGAUAUUAGAGAGCUGCUGCGAAGAUUCCUAGAAUACAACAUAACCGCUAGUGGUCCGAAGAGUAUCUUGGCAGUUCCAGAAGUCACAAUUUUGGGAUUUCAUUGUGGGGCCUAUGGAAGGAAGCCGGAUCCGGCUAAGACCGAUAAGAUAGCACACUGGACUACGCCCCUUCGAACUACAACAGAAGUCAGGGCAUUCCUGGGGGUGGUAGGCUUUUGGAGAAUCUUCAUAAAAGGGUUCGCAAAGAUCGCGGAACCGAUUCGAGCCAUGAUCCGUGAAGAAGGCACGCUCGAUUGGACUGAGGAAAGGGAAUCGGCCGUCCAGACCCUGAAAAAUAUUCUCACAUCCGAAGAAUUCACCCUUGCCGCUCCGUGUUUCAACGACGAGGUCGGUCGACCUUUCAUCCUUGAGACAGAUGGAGGACCAAUGGCAGUCGGCGGGGUGCUAAUUCAAAAAGGCGAAGAUGGUAGAGAGCGACCGAUCAGAUUUGAGAGUAGGACGCUCAAUUCGGCUGAGCGGCGCUACUCUCAGUUCAAGAAGGAGGUAGGAUUUAUCGGGCAGUUCGACUCUAAGAUUGAGCACAUAGACGACCUUAGGGAUCGAGCAGACGGACUGAGCAGGGUGGCCCUCACACCCGAAGGGCUAGAAGAGGCAGAGCCGAUCGACGCGUUCCUCGACUACGAGGGCGGGACGCUGGUAGUAGACAGCGAGAUGGUCGGAACCACUUGCACAACUGGGGAGCUAUUGAUCAAAGCACUCGAAAAGGGGCCUCCGGCAGUGGUUGCCGAGUUAAGGGAAGGUACGGUCACCAGAGUUGGAAGGAGGGAAGAGAAGGACGCUUGGGGCAGUGUUAGGAAGCCCCGGGAUGAACAAAUCGCACUAGCCGUUGAGGGAGGCUGGAGAAGGGUUAUGAGCAUGAUGGAGUCUCAGGAGCUGGAAAUGCAGCACUAUCAGGCCUAUCAGGUGGAUAAUAAUCGGACAGGUACUCAGGAAGAAGAGCAGUUCUUCCUCAUCAAGUUAUAUGAAGGUUUGUUCAGAGAAAUUGGGUUGCUACUGGUGGGGAACAAGGAACCCCGCGAGGUUAGUCCUAAAGCUAGGGAGGAAGCGGAUAGGUAUGUGCUUAGAAGGGGGCACCUAUUCCGAAAGGAGGAAGGCCUGACACCCAUGAGAGUAGUCUGUGGAAGGAUGCGACAGCUCGACAUUAUUCAGGCCAUGCAUGACGGAUUGGCCGGUGGCCAUCGCUCAUCCAAAGGGACCCUAGCCAAGAUAACGCCGCUCUAUUAUUGGUCGGGAAUGGCAUCUAUGGUAGCCACGUACUGCCAGACCUGCAAAAUCUGCCAGGAACGAAGCACGGUCCGCAUUUUCGAGCCCCUUAGACCCACCCGCGUGUUGGGGCCAGAGCAUAUGGUACAUCUCGACCUGGCAGUCAUGCCGGUUUCCAGAAAAGGGUACAGGUACAUACUUGAUGCAAGGGAUAACCUCAGUGGGUUUGUCGAGGCAACCGCGCUCAAGAAGAAAACUGGGUUUGCAGUUGCACACUGGGUGGAGGACUUUUAUCUGAGGCACCCGUUCAUCAGGAGAUUCAUAGCCGACAAUGGGACUGAGUUUGUAAACCAGGACGUCCUAAAUACCUGCAAGAGGCUUGGCGUACCGAUCAAAUUGACAGAACCAUACCACCCUGAGGCCAACGCGCCAGUCGAGCGAGGGCACCAAAGGCUUAAGAACACGAUUGCAAAGUUGGCAGCAGAUGACCUUGGGAACUGGCCGGACUAUCUCAGACACGCGGUAUUUGCCGAGAAUAUGACACCAAAAAGGACCACGGGAUGCAUCCCGGCAAAGCUAUGGUAUGGCAGGGAGAUUGACUUUCCAGUAGAAGCCCUAGUACCGACCUGGAACAAAUUGGAAGAUGACCCUCAUCUGACUACGGAACAAUUGAUUGAGGCAAGGUGUGAACAAGCGGCCAGGAACGAGGAGGCCUUGGAAGAAAUAGCUCACAAGGUACUAGACAGUCGCAUGAAGGACAAAACCAGGUGGGACCAGUUGAAGAACAUCCGGAAGGAGCCUCUGCAGGUCGGGGAGAUGGUCCUAGUCAGAAAUUCGGCACUAGAAACUACAUGGUCAGGCCAGUUGGGGCGGCGAUUCAAGGGACCUUACCGCAUUGCAAGAAAGUUGGAUGUGAGCACGUUUGAGAUUGAGAACCUGGAUGGGAUCACUAUAAGGGGGCCAGUCCCUGCGCAACGACUGGUCAGGUUUCUCACUAGGGAUCCGGUGGAACAAUGGCUGCAAGAAGCCCAGGAUAAGGAGGCGGAAGACUAAGGCCGCUCAGGACAGCGGCAAGAGGCCUACUUAUCGCUCGUGCUUCUGGUUGUUGUCUUUUGUUUUUUGCGUUUCUUUCCUUUUGACGGCCUGGGUGUGCACGAGUCGCAUGGGAAAACAUGCGAUUCGGCGGGGGUUUUCUGUAUCAUAGUUUAUGUGGGAUGCUGGGAUGAGCAAUGGGGGAUGGGACAUUGUACCAUAAGACAUGGCAUUGGAGGGGCGUUGGGAAAAAGGGGCGAGGUGGUCGGCUGUUCCUCCUUUUUUUUCUUCUUCAUGCCUUUCUGUUUCCGUGGGAGCAACUGGGAUUGGGGGACACGUGUGGGCAGAGCCUGGGAUGAGUGUCACAAGGGAAUGGGUUGGGGCUUUCUCCUGUCUUGUGUCCUGCCUGUCAGGUAUAGAAGUCCGGCGGACCAAGAUGGCACCCAACAACGAGAACGAUAUUAAUCAAGCAAACCUCAAUGU